AAUAAUAGUUUUGUUCCGGAGUGGUGUAUCUAAUAAUAGCAUUGGAGCUGGUUAUAUCUUUUAAUUAUAAGAAAAAAAUUAUAGUAAAUAUUUGAUUCACAGUACGAGUAUAGUAUGUCCGGAGUCAAGGCUGCAUUGGUGAUUUGCUCAAUUUUAACAAUAUUCAAUGUGGGUGCUGAGUUAGAUUGUCCAGAAAUAAUUACCAAAGAGGAAUGGGGAGGAAUGCCUGCUAAAGCCGUAUAUUAUCAAACUAUUCCAGUUAGAUAUGUCGUUAUCCACCACACAGCAACCAGGAAAUGUAACAGUCAAAGUAACUGCUCAAGUAAAGUAGCCAGUAUCCAACGACGCCAUAUGAACGACAAAGAGUGGCAUGAUAUAGGCUAUAACUUCUUAAUUGGUGGAGAUGGAAACAUCUAUGAAGGAAUAGGAUGGAAUAAGAGAGGGGCUCAUACUAGUGGUUUCAAUGAUAAAUCCAUCGGCAUUGCAUUCAUCGGCAAUUUCAAUGAGGAAGCACCAAAGAAGAAGUCUUUGAACGCGGCAAAGGCUCUUCUUUCUUGUGGAGUGAGCAACGGGUACCUGAGUGAAAGCUAUCGAUUGAUUGGAGCACGUCAGGUGAGGAAGACUAGUAGCCCUGGAUCCAUGCUCUAUGACGAAAUACAAGAAUGGGACAACUGGGUACCAAAAAUUAUCUAAUAACGAUUCAAUUUCGAAAAAAUGUUCUUCUUAUCAGUAUUAUUUAUU